CGCCUCCUCAGCCUCCGGAGAGCCGCUGCAGCCUCAGUCUCUUCUCCAUCUCCGUCUCCACAGCACCGAAAACAACACCGCGACCUGAAUCGAGCUAAAGCUGACCGAACCGGGCCAGAAAACCUACUCAGAACCAUGACGGAGAGCGCCAAGACGCACGUAAUCCUGCUAUCGUGCGGGAGUUUCAACCCCAUCACCAAAGGCCAUAUUCACAUGUUCGAGAAGGCCAGAGAGUACUUGCACCAAACCGGGCGCUACAUCGUGAUUGGAGGGAUCAUCUCCCCAGUGCACGACUCUUAUGGCAAACCAGGCUUGGUCUCCAGCAGACAUCGCCUGACCAUGUGCCAGCUGGCAGUGCAGUCCUCAGACUGGAUCAGAGUGGACCCGUGGGAGUGCUAUCAGGACACAUGGCAGACCACCUGCAGCGUGCUGGAGCACCACAGGGACCUCAUGAAGAGAGUAACCGGGUGCAUCCUGUCCAAUAUCAACACGCCCUCCUCCACUCCUGUGAUUGGUCAGCUGACUCAGCCACAGGCCCAGACCACGCCCAUUUACCAGAACCAUGGAAACACAAACCACAAGCCGACAGCCAUCAAACUCUGGGGUAAAAUCAGUGAAAAUCUUGGUAAAAUCUGCUGUGUGCGUCCUCACAUCGACCGCUUCACCUUCGUUGAUGAGAAUGCUAACCUGGGGACUGCUAUCCGCUAUGAGGAGAUUGAGCUGAGGAUCCUGCUCCUGUGUGGUAGUGACCUGCUGGAGUCCUUUUGUAUCCCCGGCCUCUGGAAGGACAGUGACAUGGAGGUGAUCGUGGGAGAUUUUGGCAUUGUCGUAGUCCCUCGCGACGGAGUCGACACUGAACGCAUCAUGAACCACUCAGCUAUCCUGCGCAAGUACAAGGACAACAUCAUCGUGGUGAAGGAUGCAGGCUCUCACCCCAUGUCCGUGGUCAGCUCCACCAAAAGCAGACUGGCCCUGCAGCAUGGAGACGGACACGUGGUGGACUACCUGUACCAGCCCGUCAUUGACUACAUCCUGCAGAGCCAGCUGUACAUCAAGGCCUCAGGAUGAGACGCGCUGCCCCCUGCUUCUGUUCUCUAAAGCUCCGCCUACCUGUCCUCUCAAGCUCCUCCUCAUCUCCCCAAAGACACACCUACAUCCUCAACAGCCUCAUCCUUCUCUCCUUAUAAGCCCGCCCCAUGUCCUCAAAGUCAUGCCCUAUGUGCUCUUUAGCCCCGCCCCAUGUCUUCACCAUUCUCUCCCUCUGACCUCUCAAGCCCCUCCCCUAUCCUCCACAAGCCCCUCCUUGACUUUCUCAUUAUUCCGCAGCCUGUGUGUAGCACUGAUCCACUGAGGGCUGUGGAUUUCCGCACAUGCUCAGAUUGUAUUCACAGAGGGGGACCACCUGUCACAUUACUGUACACUCAAAUCCCUACUGUUAGAGAAUGUGCCAAUACUUUCUUUGAUGAGGUUUAUGUUAAAUGUGCAUUAGAUAAGUUAUGGUGGAAGCUUAUUGACUUGCUUGUCUCCAUGGGAUAUUACUUUGUCUGGAAUAUUCCACAAUCAAACUCAUCUUUCUAGCAUUUAUUCAUUACGUGAGUUUGUACUUCUUAAAAAUCUAUUAAAAACAUCCAUUGUUACUGUGAGCUGGGUCGCCUGUCCACAGAAAUUUUGCCUGGAGAUAAUGACUUUUUAUGCCGUUCACUGCACAUUCAGUGGUGGCAAGAUACUAUUGUAGCCAGAACUGUCCCGGGACAGAGUGAUGGAAACAAGACAGCCAAUCUGCACCAUCGGCUCCUUCCUCCACCAUUCACACACACGCACACACACACACACACACACACACACACACACACCACAUUCAUACUAGCCAAUGUGGGUCAAGUGUCUUGCACCCGAUAUUCCCAGUGGUCUCCCAUCCAAGUAUUAGCUGAUGAGAUGAGGCUUUGACGAGGAGGUUUGGCCACUACAUUCCAUGCAAAGCAAAGAAUAUUAAUGGAGACAAGCAGAUGGUGGGGGAAAAAAAGAAUCAGCAUACAACUUGUUUGCUGCGACACCCCCUAAUGAAUCAAAACCAUAAAUUAUCCCUGACAUUUAUUGAUGUAAAAUGUGUGUCUUGGAAGAUUAAAAACAAACAAAAAAUAAAACAGUGAAGCCUGUAUCUAACACCCUGUAAAGUCAAAUUCUCUCCAACACAUCAAAUAUCACACUACUACUUGUACUGCAUUUCCCGGUGGUCACCCUCAGUGCUCCUGCCUCAUCUGAAUGUAGGACUAUACUUCUCAGACUGUGACUAUAGUACUUUCAUAGUACUUACCCCUCUCUCUUCUUCUACCAUAGUAUGAGUAGAUGCAUGCGUAGUGGGACUGCUGGGUUCUGGCAUGAGGACUUCUCUUGUGAUUGUACACCAAAUACUCUGGAUAUAUAAUACCAUCCUCAUAUCCAUAAGCAUAAAGCUCACCCUGUACACAUCACCGAUUGUAAAGUUUAUGAAUGAAUGUCCUCCAAAAGUUUUGUGAGAACGUUUCAUAUGACAUUGGACUAAGGUUAGAAAAUCUAGAUAUUGGAUGAUGUCAGUUAAGUGGCACAACAAUAGUUUCUCUUGUAUAAUAAAUUAAAAAAUGUACUAAAAAAAAGUAUUUGAAAUUCCCACAUUAUGGUAAAUGGUUUUCUUAGCUCUGGACUCAUCUAAAACAUACCUGGAUUUUUUCUUUGUUACUUCAGGGAUGUCCAAACUAUGGGGGGGACAAAUGUGGGGCAGCCAUCCGACAUUUUUGGCUCUUAGGUUUUCUGUCUUUUUUUUCAUGUUUCUGCAGCACAAAACUAAAAGCGAGGACAGUUAUGAUAUUAAGGUUAAGGUACACUUUAUCCUUAGGGAAAUUUGUUGAUGUUUUGUAUUUGAAUUUGGAUUUUGAAUUGUGCAUUUUGAAAUUUCAAUUAAAAUUUUGAAACCCUGCAUCAUAUAAAAGUUAGUAUUAAUAACAGUGAACACCUUAACAGCAUUUUACUACAGUUUAAUGUAAAUGUAAAGUAAAUGUGUGGUGGCCUUAUUAUAUACUGGUCCCAGUGUACGACCAUAUGACAAAGUUUGGACGCCCUGUUUCACCACAUGUGCUACUGCUGCUCGCUGUGGCUGCAUCCUUCUAAAGAACCACUCUGUGUCCCCUUCUCUUCCUCCAUGUGCUCCUACCUUCACUUAUGGUAGCGUUCAAACUGCCUUCACAGCCAUGUAUCAGGUCUCACGCUACCAGCUAUUGGUUUUCGCCUAAUUUAAACUGCUUCACACUUGCCAUUAUUGCCAGCAGAGGGCACAAGUACCGCUGGAACAUACUUUUAUGGAUUGUACUCAGAGCUGAAGGACUUGGUUAUAACAAGACAAAAAGGGGACACAAAUAGCUUAAAAGUUGCAUACCAUUGAAACUUGAAAUACAGUUGGGUUGAAUCAUGUUGUAAAUAUUACAUAAGUCAAAAUGAAUCAGUGAAAUGAUGAUUCUGAAUAUUGUUUUUGGUGGGACAUAAGGUUGUGUUAAAAUGAUAUGGGAGGCUUCUCAUGUAUAGCCUGUUUAUUAACUGUAUUUGUCAUAUUAUCUUUCUGAAAGCUGACUAUGUUUGCACUGGUUGUAAAUCAUGCAUUGUCUCAAUAAAAUCAAUUUGAGU